AUGAGCCUAAAUAUCCUCAUCACCGGCGCUGCUGGCUAUAUCGGAGGUUCUGUUCUCGCGGAACUCCUAUCUCGCACGAGUGGCCUCGUUAAAGCAAAGAACAUCAUUGCCGCGGUUCGCUCCGAAGAACAGGUUCAGAGCCUGUCAAAACUCGGCGUCAAUGUAGUUCAACUCAAUCUCCGAGACGAAGAUGCGGUCAAAGAAGUCGUACUUAAGAAUAAUAUUAAUUUCAUCAUUCACACUGCAAGCUCUUCAGAAGCGGCUCUUGUGUCUCACCUCAUUAAAGCCCUUGGCGAACACCGCAGAAUCAGUGGAAAAGAUGCGUAUUUCAUUCAUUCGUCGCUAACCACCCUCUUUUCGGAAGAGGCUGGUUGGACAUACGGGGAAGUGAGAGAUUCCGACCCAAUUUUUGAAAAGGAGAAGGAAAUAGGAGACCUCCACCCCGCUCGACAUACGAAUAUUCUCGUUGCGGAGUUGUCUAAAGAAUUGGGGGUUACGAGCUUUAAUGUUGCCGUCCCGAUGGUUUACGGGAGAGGCGCCGGCGAGUGGAGGAAGGUAUCCGUCAAUAUCCCGGCCUCUAUUAGAACCGCCAUCGCGAAUAAAAUCGUAUAUAAGUUUGAUAAGGAUGGUGCCCCGCCUGCGACGCACAUCUCAGAUCUAGCCGCACUUUAUGCCCUUCUUGUAGAGAAAGUCACCCACAAAGAGCCCAUUCCGAGCGGCGAGAAGGGUUAUUACUUUGCUACGGUUCACAAGUGUCCUUGGUGGGAAGUCAUGGACGGUAUCGCCAAGUCCAUGCAUGAGCGUGGGCUUGUGGCAGAGCCCAAAGCACAGUUGUGGCCUAGCUAUGAACUAGCAGCAGAUCAAUUAGGAUUUCCACGACGAUUCAUUCGGGCUAUGGCUACUUCUAGCGGCGACCUUGUCCCGGUGAAUUCGUAUAAUCUCGGGUGGCAGCCGAAGUGGGAUCAAGAAAGAUUUUUGAACAGCUUAGAUGAGGAAGUCCAGACUAUGCUGGAGGUGGAUACGGUCAAGCCUACCAUUUUUGAUUUCUUGUUGAACAAUUAA